AUGGCAACAAACAUUGCCACAACUGUCAUUGUUGUUGAAGUGAGCAAUGAAUUUACUUGUCCCUUGCUUGCCCUGUACAAGUACGCUCAUAAAGGAGAUUGGGAUGCCAUAAAAAACUACCUUAGCCAAUAUCCAGAUGCAAAAACCAUCAAGAUCGAACCCUACAGUGAAACUGCCUUUCAUGUAGCAGCUGGUGCUGGAAAUUUGAAAAUUGUAGAGGAAUUGGUGAAGUUGAUGUCAGAAGAGGAAUUGGAAAUACAAGAUAUUGGAGGCAGAACAGCUCUUUUCAGUGCUGCUAUUGUUGGAAUAACCACGAUGGCAGAGUUUUUGGUGAGCAAGAACAAAAACCAGGUUACCUUUGUAAAUAAAAAUAAAAGGAUCCCACUUGUUAAGGCAUAA